UUCGGCGCCUGCGCACUCGGUUCCCGGGCGUCGGCUCCGAAGUCCUUCGGCCUUACCCUUCCAGGACAGUGCUGUUCCCCAAGAGAAAAGCCAGGAAAAGGAGGCGAAAAUGACAGUUGAACUAGUGAAAACCAUACCUCAGGACUUGGUGACAUUCAAGGAUGUAGCAAUAGACUUUUCCCAGGAGGAAUGGGAAUGGCUGAACCCUGCUCAGAGGAGUUUAUACAGGAGUAUGAUGUUGGAGAACUAUCAGAGCCUGGUAUCAGUGGGACUUUGUGUCUCUAAGCCAUAUGUCAUCUCCUUAUUGGAGCAAGGGAAAGAGCCUUGGGAGAUGAAGAGUGAGAUGAGAAGAACCCCAUUCCCAGAUUGGGAAUCUGUAUAUGAGACACAAGAAUUACCCCUGAAGCAAUUUGUGUGUGAUGAUGUAUUAAUGGGGAGAAUUAUAAGCUAUGGACUUGAGUGUCCCACUUUUGGAGAAGAUUGGAAAUGUGAAGAUCUUUUUGAGAGGCAGUUGUUAAGCCAAGAGACAUUUAUCAGGCAAGAAACAAUCACUCAUAAAGAAACACUUACAGUGGAAAUAGACCACAAAUAUAACAAAUCUGGGAAAUUUGUCUCAUUGGACAAUAUAGAAGAGAAUAUUUAUAAUCACAAGUCAGAUAAAGAAAGCUUUUCUAAAAAUUCCAUGGUAAUAAAACACAAGAAAGUCUUUGUAGGAAAGAAACUUUUUAAAUGUAAUGAAUGUGAGAAGACCUUCACCCAGAGCUCAUCCCUUACUGUUCAUCAGAGAAUUCAUACUGGAGAGAAACCGUAUGAGUGUAAGGAAUGUGGGAAAGCCUUCAACCAGAGUCAACACCUUGCCCAACACCACAGAAUACAUACUGGAGAGAAACUGUUUGAAUGUAAGGAAUGUAGGAAAGCCUUCAGCCAAAAUGUUCACCUUAUUCAACAUCAAAGAAUUCAUACUGGAGAAAAACCAUAUAAAUGUAAGGAGUGUAGAAAAGCCUUCAGCCAGCCUGCACACCUUGCCCAGCAUCAGAGAAUUCAUACUGGAGAGAAGCCCUAUAAAUGUAAGGAAUGUGGAAAGGCCUUCAGUGAUGGCUCAUCCUUUGCACGACAUCAGAGAUGUCACACUGGCAAAAGACCCUAUGUAUGUAUUGAAUGUGGAAAAGCCUUUAGGCAGAACACAUCCCUUAUCCGUCACUGGAGGUAUUAUCACACUGGGGAGAAACCCUUUGACUGCAUCGACUGUGGGAAAGCCUUCAGUGAUCACAUAGGACUUAUUCAGCAUAGGAGAAUUCAUACUGGAGAGAAACCCUACAGAUGUAAUGUGUGUGGAAAAACCUUCAGCUAUGGCUCAUCCCUGACUGUCCAUCAGAGAAUUCACACAGGAGAGAAACCAUACGAAUGUGAUAUCUGUGGGAAAGCCUUUAGCCAUCAUGCCUCACUCACUCAGCACCAAAGAGUGCAUUCUGGAGAGAAGCCUUACGAAUGCAGGGAAUGUGGGAAAGCCUUUAGGCAGAGCAUACACCUUGCUAGUCACCUGAGGAUUCAUACUGGCGAAAAACCCUAUAAAUGUAAAGAAUGUGGGAAAGCUUUUAGCAUCAGUUCACAGCUGGCUACUCAUCAGAGAAUUCAUACUGGAGAGAAACCUUAUGAAUGUAAGGAAUGUGGCAAAGCUUUCAAACAGAGAGCACAUCUUGCACAGCAUCAUAAAAUUCAUACCGGAGAGAAACCUUAUGAAUGUACUGAAUGUGGAAAAGCCUUCAGCCAGACUACCCGCCUUAUUCAACAUCAGAGAGUUCACACGGGAGAGAAACCCUAUAAAUGUACUGAAUGUGGGAAGGCCUUUAGUGAUAGCUCAUCCUGCUCUCAGCAUCGGAGACUUCACACUGGCCAAAGGCCCUACGAAUGUGUUAAGUGUGAGAAGGCAUACAGAACAAAAUCGUUGCUCAUUUGUCAUCAAAGAUAUCAUACGGGGGAGAAACCUUAUGAAUGUAGCAUGUGCAGUAAAGCCUUUAGCCAUCAGCAAUCCCUUACCAUUCAUAAGAGAAUUCACUGUGGAGAAAAACCAUAUCAGUGUAAGGAAUGUAGGAAAACCUUCAGCCAGAUUGGACACCUUGAUCUACAUAGAAGAAUCCACACUGGAGAGAGAUCUUAUGAAUGUAAGGAAUGCAGAAAGGUCUUCAGACAAAGUGCGCACCUUGCUCAUCAUCAGAAAAUUCAUGCUGUAGAGUCAUGUCAGGCCCCCAGCUCUUCCUCACCUUCUGUGUCACCAAGUCCUGUUGAUAUGUCUGCUGAAUAUUUUUGGAAUUCAUCCACAUCUUUCCAUUCUCGUUGCCCUAGUCCAAAACACUGUCAUUUCACCUGGACUAUUCCAAUUGUCUAAUAACUGGUCUCCUUGCAUCCUCUUUUGUCCGCUUCAAGUUCAUUUUUCACACUACUGCCACAGUGGUAUUUUCAAAAUGUAAAUGUAAUUUUAUGACUCGCUUAAAACCCUUGCUAUGCAAUUUUGAACUACUUGAUGCAUACAAAGUGCUCAGCACAGUGUCUGACCCAGACUAAGUGCUCCAUAAUGUUAGCUCAGUAUCCUUCAGAGUCUGCUUGAAAGUUAUUUUUAAACAGUGAACUCUGGAAGGCAGUAUAUGUACUUGGAGAUCAUAACAAUUUUGGAACUGAAACAAUGUAUAUGAUGAGGGUUAGCAUGAGUAGUAUGUUUAAAGCUUGAGAUCACCACAAAAUAAGGUUGUGUUCCUUUGUUGGUGAGGAAAUUCAGUGUGACCUGAUACAUAGAAUAUGUUUUAGGAAAUUCUAGAACUCUGGAUAAGACUGGAACAAAAGAACUAGAAUUUACUGGGAAGAAUGUAAGACUAUAUUUAUUCAAGGCAGAAAGUAAAAAUUCCUAAUAUUUAAAAUGGAAGAAACAGAACUUGAAUAGUGUAGCCCUCUUCUAAGACACCUGGGUUAACAGAUUAAUUCUAAACCUUCAAGGAAUCAUAAUUAAGCUGUUCUAGAGUGUAGAAAAAAUAAUGAAAUGGAUUAUUUUGCAGUAUUUGGAAUACUUCUUUCAUGAGGCUAAUUCAACCCUAAUAUCAAAUCCAGAAGAAAAAAAUUAUAGAUGAAUUUACUCAUGGUUUUAUAUAUAGGAAGGAAAUUAUUAACCUCUGUUAAGGAGAAUAGAGGUUCUGAAUAAAUGGAGAUCUGUGUUUCCAGAUGGAAGUUUCAAUAUUGUUAACAUGUUUGUACAGUCAAUUCCAGUCACAAUCCCUAUAGGAUAUCUUUACAUUGACAGUUUUGUUCUGAAAAUCAUGUAGAAUGGUAAAUAGGAAAGCAUCACAAGGAAAUUUUUGAAAAAGAUCAUAUACCCAUGAAUUUAGUUUAUUGCAAAAGUAAUUAUUUUUGAUGUGUCAGUGGGAGAGAUGGAUUACUUAAAUGGUGCUUGACAGUUAUCCAACUGGAAAUAAGGUCAGAUCCACAUUUCACCCCUUACAGAGAAGUUCAUUCAAUAUGAUUAAAGAUGUAAUAGGAAACAAUAUUAAGAUUCUAGAAGAGAAUGUAGAAUAUUUCUAUCCCUUUGAGUUCAGGAAGGCUUUGGUAAGCAGGACACAGAGUCCAGAAGUCAUGAAGAGAGACAGAGUGAUAGGACCAUGUAAAAAAUUUAAACUUUUCCAUGGUAUAAGACACUGUAUUCAAAGUUAAAAGGCACAUG